UUUUUAUAACCCUUCUUGGAAACACUGAUGGCGGCCAUCUUGGAGCGUAAUUGUUGUCAUGUUUACGUUGUGUGAAAGGUGAAAUUAAUGAGUUUUGAUAGAAUAAUCAGGCCAGUUUUGAUGUAAUUCUGUAUUAGAACAAGUAGACAUUCACUAUGUUUUACGCACAUUUUGUGCUGGCCAAGAAAGGGCCGCUAGCCAAAAUUUGGUUGGCAGCCCAUUGGGACAAAAAGCUGACGAAGGCUCAUGUGUUCGAGACGAAUAUCGAGAAAUCCGUAGAUGGUAUUUUGAAGCCUAAAGUGAAGAUGGCUUUGAGGACAUCUGGCCAUCUGCUGCUUGGUGUUGUAAGGAUUUACUCGCGGAAGGCCAAGUAUCUGCUGCAGGAUUGUAAUGAAGCUUUCGUUAAGAUCAAGAUGGCCUUCCGGCCUGGCAUGGUGGACUUGCCUGAGGAGCACAGGGAGGCCGCCAUGAAUGCCAUUACCCUGCCUGAGGUGUUCCAUGACUUCGACACUGCCAUGCCAGAGUUAAAUGAGGUUGACAUUGAGGCACAGUUCUCAAUGAACCAGUCCCGCGCGGAAGAGAUCACCAUGCGGGAAGACUAUGGUUCCCUCAAUCUGGUCAACCCGGACGAUGGGUUCGGUGACAUGGGAUUCGACACAGACAACCCAGACAUCAUGAGAGAGGCUAUCGGCAAUGAGGGAGCUCUGGAACAGAGUAACCUGCUAUUCGCCGACGGCUCGUCGCUGGAGCUGGGCAAGGAGGGCCCGAGCGCCGGGCUGGCGGCGCCGGGGCUGGCGCGGCGGCUGGAGGCGCAGCCGCACGCGCCCAUGGAUGACGGCUUUGGCGGCACCAUCGGCGACGUGCCCGACUUCGGACACGCGGGUGGGCUGUUCGAGGGCGACCUGUUCGGCGACGUGUCGGCGGCGGCCGCGAGCGCCGGCUCGGCCGCGUUGGCGGGGCCCUCAGCGCAGCCGCAGUCGCUGCAGGCGGAGAUCGAGGCGGCGGGCGUGAGCGAGGCGCACGCGCCGGCGCCGGAGGCCGCCGACUCGGACGACGACAUGGGCGACCACUACGACGCGGGCACCUCGCCGCAUCACAGUUGGGGCGGGUCUGCGCCCGCGUCGCCGGCGCCGGCCGAGCUCAUGCCGCCGCCCGCCGCGCCGCGCCCGCCCUCCGUGCGGCCCAUGGAGGUGGACGAGGCUCCGCUGGCGGAGCCGGCGCCGGCGCCCGAGGCGGCGCUGGACAACACCACGCUGCUGCAGAACGACGAGGAGUCCUUCGCGCUCGCGCCCGUCGACGCCACCGUGCUCAAGGGCAUCACAAAAACCAAGCGCAAACGCAAGCUAAUCGUGGACGAAGUGAAGAACAUAUCCGGCGAGGAAAUGAAGAAUCAGCUCAGCAACACGUCGGACAUCGUGACCACGCUCGACCUGGCGCCGCCCACGCGCCGCCUCAUGCACUGGAAGGAGACCGGCGGCGUGGAGAAGCUGUUCACCCUUCCGGCGAGGCCCAUCCCCUCCAGGGUCUUGUUCAAGAAAUACCAGCGCAACAUGACGCUGCGCAGCGAGGCCGGCGAGGAGGCCGACGCGCGCUCGCCCGAGCAGCCCGAGCCCGCGCGCCGCGUGCGCAAGCGCCGCCACGACGAGUCGAUGCUGCCGCCGGACACGCCCGCGCCAGCACCAGACCUAGAACCUCCCACACCUGUGCCGCAGGAAUACGAACCUUCAGUCGAGCCGGCGCAGGCGGGCUACCAGACCCCGCGCUCCGACGUCGACGAGGCCCCGCAGACCCCAGGUAUGCUGAGCGCUCUCGGCCCGCCGCUGACGCCGGGCGGGCUGGGCCCCCUGACGCCGGGCACGCUGCUGCAGGGCGGCCUCACGCCCGGUGGCCUGCCCCACGGUGGCCUCACGCCGGGCGGCCUCCCGCACGGCGGCCUCACCCCAGGAGGCCUGCAACACGGCGGUAUGACGCCAGCAGGCUUGCAGCAUGGGGACGGGCACGACUUCGGCGCCGGCGGCAUGACACCCGCCGGGCUGCACCAUGGAGGAAUGACGCCAAUGGGCCUAGACAGCGGAAUGACGCCGGGCGGCCUCGGCCACGGCGGCCUCACGCCCGCCGGCCUGCACCACGGCGGCAUGACGCCAGGUGGAUUAGAUCACGGCGGCAUAACACCAGCAGGACUCCAACACGGCGGUAUGACGCCGGCGGGUCUCCAGCACGGCGGUAUGACGCCGGCCGGCCUCCAGCACGGCGGCAUGACGCCAGCGGGCUUACAGCACGGAGGCAUGACGCCCGCUGGCUUGCAACACGGUGGAAUGACGCCGCAAGGACUGUCGCACGGCGGCAUGCUGGGGCACGGGCUGGAGCACGCGCAGCUGCCCAUGAUGCCGCAGCUGGGCGGCGACGUGCCGGCGGCGCUACUAGCACGAGCCCUGCCCGCGCAGGCGCCGCCCGACCACGAGCUCGGCCACACCGUGCCCAUGGAGCCGCUGCCGCUGCACGGGCUGGAGCCCGACUACCAGAGUGGCAUGCAGAUGACCAACUUAGGUUACGAAGAAAACAAUGGCCACCAAAGUCCACCGCACGAUUACGACUUACCACCCAGUGUUGAAAAUGGAGAGGAGGGCGAGCGCGAAGCGGGCGAGACGGACGAGCAGUUCGAGGAGCGCGUGCUGAACCGGCGCGCGGCGCAGCUGUUCGCGGCCAUGCGGCCCAAGCUGGCCGCCGGCCUGCCGCUCGCCUUCAGCGACCUCGCGCCCCGGCACAACAACAGGAAACAGGUGGCACAGAAAUUCUAUAGUUUACUGGUGCUGAAGAAACAUCAAGUAUUAAAGUUACAACAAGACGAAACAUAUGGACCUAUUAUUAUUACUAAGGGCGUGCAGUUCGAGACGGAAUCGAUCUAAAUGCGAUAAUGUUAUUUAUAUUAGCUAUAAUAAUAUAAAAGAGGAAUAUCUAAAUUAGUAUGUAAAAGAGGGUAUAAAGAGGUAUCAGUUAUAGUGAUGUUUAUUGAAGUUCUCUACUUCGCACAGUACUAGAUUGAGCCAAAAAUAACGAUUGUAAGUUGACCUUACGAUUCGAGUCCAUGGGGCUACAAAUGGAAAAUAUUACUUAAUUGAUGGACCAAGGAACGCACUGAUCUCAGUAAAAAUGGAUAUGAUAUACCACUACUGUACAUGUAUUAUGUGACACUUGUCCCAUGGGCUCCAUUCGUAAGCCAUGACAGUUCUUUUUGAUAGCCAAGAGUAGGGAAAUGCCUUAUUUUGUUUUGCUAUAGGUUAAGUCAAAUUAUUGUAAAAAUGUUUACGAAUAACGUCUUAAAUUGCUUUCAAGUCGAAGAGUAAGUUGCUAUUGUUAAUGUAUCUUGAAUCCCAAAAUUAUCUAAGCGUGUAUUUUUUGUACUGAUCAUGUUAUUAAGGAAAUAAUUGGUAUGGAUGUUUGCAGAGUGCAUCUAUUCUCAAGGAAAUGUAGGAUAUUGUCGUAAAUGUCGUGGGUUUAGAUCUGGGCCUUAGUUGGCCUAACACUAGGGACCUGAAUUCGAACACUCGUUAUUAAUGUUUUAAGUCAUUGUCAAUGUGAGUAAGUAUGUAUUUCAACAUCUUCAGCUCGAGCAAUUAUCGAUUGGCAAGGAAAUAUUUAUGUCGUGUGUUUAGAAGGCGUACCGAAUACAACAAGGAUGAUGUAUACCGAUCAUUCUAGCCACUCUGAUGUAUAUCGAUAUCGGAAUUGUAUUAUAUUAUAAUGUAGUAAUAUUUAUAAAUAAGUAUUAAGAGGUUACACACGGAAUUUCCUUUGGUUAGGUGUCAUCUUUUAAAUCGGUACAUAAUUUAUACACAUUCGGAUUAGUCUAUGACGUGAAUAAGUUGCGUUUGAGAUGUUUCGUGUGUAACAGUAGUGAAAUUACGCCUCCUUAUGUCGGAAUCUGUGUUCAAAUGUCACGAAUGAUGUUGUUUAGUAGACUUGGACAGCACAAUUAUUCUACUGUAAUGUUAAUACAUACUGGAUUAAUAGUUAGUAAAAUUCGACUAUUUAAUAGCGGGAAAGACAUCCUACAUUUAGUAGUGAAUUGAGUUUGUCAUCCGCUUCCAAGCUCCACGCUAUACCAUCAUCAUGUGAUUCAAGUAAAUGCCUUAUCGUAAUCUUUGCAAUAUCACUGUUAACAUUCGUUCUUUUUUUUUUUGUCACAGGCGGUUCAAAAUAGCAAUGUAAAUUAAAAAUCUAUUACAUUUUGUCAAGAUAGAUGAAUUGGUUAGAUAUAAUAUGGCAACAUUCAGAUUAGAGAUGCAACUAAUAUUCGGCCAUUAUUCGGUAUUCGGCCACAAUUUCACUAUUCGGCAUGGUAUUCGGCCGAAUACCGAACACGUA